AUGCGGCUCAGGGAGCGCUCGCUGCGGCAGGACCCCGACCUGCGCCAGGAGCUGGCCCUGCUGGCCCGCGGCUGCGACUUCGUGCUGCCUUCGCGCUUCAAGAAGCGGCUGAAGGCCUUCCAGCAGGUGGGGGGCGCGUCUGCCUGUCUCCGUGUCUGUCCGUCCCCUCCCCGCCGUCGCCUGGGAGCGGUGCUCGCAGCCCCGGUGUUGCAGCCAGCCACCCCAACGCCUCCGGCCGAGGGUGGGGACGCGCGGCACGAGAGCCCCCGCCCGCUUUGUUUGGGGAAAGUUGUCCCCUGGCUCGGUUUGGGGAGAGUGCGUGUGGGCCAGGCGCGGCGAGUGCCCCAGCAGCAGGAGGGUGGACACGGACAGCAGGCUGGCUUCUCUGUGAGGCCCACGGGGACGGACGCCCUGCGGAGGGGAGGCCCGGGGCCACGCGGGCUGCCGGCACCCCAGCGCCCGGCCGUCUCUGCUGCCGGGGACCCGCUCCCCUUCUCAGCCUUCGGGGACUCGCUCGCGGAGCACCCGUGCCGCACGGCCCUGGCUCCGAGCGUGUGGUUCUGGAGGGGACAGAGGUGCCUUCUCCCUGCCCCCCGGGGGCCCCGCAGUGGCCUGGGCAUCUUGUCUGAGGGGCCGUGCGCCAAAGUCCCUGGCCGUUCCCCACUGGGAGCUGGUGCCAGGUCGGUGCCCCUGCCGGACACAGAGCAGAGCCUGACCAGCGUCUGUCCGUGUGUCCCACCUCCGUCGGUCCAUGUCCCCAGUUGGUCUGCCCUGCCUGAGAUGCUCCGGCCUCCUGUGUCCAUGGAGGGCGUGCGGGGCAGGGGUCACCUGUCAGACCCUCCGUCCUGCCCUCCUGGCCCUGGUGUCCACGUGGUCUGGCCCCAGCCUGCCCCUCACUCCCUGAGCAUCUGCAUGGUCCCUGUCCUGCUGUCUGGACACCGACACCCAGCUGCCACCGACGGGAUGGCACGGCUGCCAGCUGCCCGUCGCCUGCUCAGUGUGCGCCAUCCUAUGUGGUCAGGUGCUGUCAGACUCUCGCCCACCGAGUCCUCAGAGCACCACGCGGCCAGCGGUGCAGAGCGUGUGGCCACCCACGCAGACACAGGGCUGUGUCCUGAGAGUUUACGUGUUGCUGCGGCGCUGCCUGCAGGCUCCCAGGGGCUGCCUUCUGCCCUGCGGCUGCAUGUGUUGAAAGAAUGUGUGGUCCAGACGAAGAAGGAAGAGCCACGGCCUCCCGCCUCGAGCCAAAGCAUUCCAGCAUUUUACUUCCCGAGAGGUCGUCCACAGGGGACUGUCCACAUUGACGCUGUCAUUGCCCGCAUAGAGGCGACCUUUGCCCAGUUCCCACACGAACGGGCUGCCCUGGAGGACAUGGGCCGGGUGGCCAAGGCCUGUGGCUGCCCGCUGUAUUGGAAGGGGCCGCUGUUCUACGGUGCCGGGGGAGAACGUACGGGCUCCGUCUCCGUUCACAAGUUCAUCGCCAUGUGGAGGAAGAUCCUCCAGAACUGUCACGAUGACGCUGCCAAGUUCGUGCACCUGCUCAUGAGCCCGGGAAGCAACUACCUGGUGCAGGAGGACUUUGUGCCCUUCCUGCAGGACGUCGUGAACACGCACCCCGGCCUGUCCUUCCUGAAGGAGGCGUCGGAGUUCCACUCACGCUACAUCACCACCGUCAUCCAGCGUAUAUUCUACACCGUGAACCGGUCCUGGUCGGGGCGGAUCACGUGCUCCGAGCUGAGGAGGAGCACCUUCCUGCAGCACGUGGCACUCCUGGAGGAGGAGCCCGACAUCAACCAGCUGACGGACUUCUUCUCCUACGAGCACUUCUACGUCAUCUACUGCAAGUUCUGGGAGAUCGACACCGACCACGACCUGUUCAUCGGCCCCGAGGACCUGGCCCGGCACAAUGACCAUGCAAUCUCCACAAAGAUGGUGGAACGGAUCUUCUCGGGGGCGGUGACCAGAGGCAGGAAGGUGCAGAAGGAGGGGAAGAUCAGCUACGCCGACUUUGUCUGGUUCCUCCUGUCCGAGGAGGACAAGAAGACCCCCACCAGCAUUGAGUACUGGUUCCGCUGCAUGGACCUGGACGGGGAUGGGGCACUGUCCGUGUACGAGCUGGAGUACUUCUACGAGGAGCAGUGCCGCCGCCUGGACAACAUGGCCAUCGAGGCCCUGCCCUUCCAGGACUGCCUCUGCCAGAUGCUCGACCUGGUGCAGCCCCAGAGCCAAGGGAAGAUCACCCUCCGGGACCUGAAGAGGUGCAAGUUGGCCAGUGUGUUCUUUGACACGUUCUUCAACAUCGAGAAGUACCUGGACCGUGAGCAGAAGGAGCAGGUGUCUCUGCUCAGGGACACGGACAGUGACGGCCCGGAGCUCUCUGACUGGGAGAAGUACGCCGCUGAGGAAUAUGACAUCCUUGUGGCCGAGGAGGCAGCCGGAGACCCAUGGACUGACGGGUACGAGCCUGAGCUCAGCCCCGUGGACCCCAAGCUGCGGGUGCAGCUGGAUGCGAGGCCCUUCCUGGAGGCACCGUCUGCACUGGGCACCGUGGACCUGUAUGACUGUGAGGACGAUGACAGCCCGCAGCUGCUGUGA